AUGUCUGAAUUCGACAAGUACACCACGCCUUUGUCGUCCCGGUACGCCUCCGAGGAGAUGUCCGAGAUUUUCUCGCUAAGAAACAGAUUCUCUACAUGGAGAAAACUUUGGUUGAACUUGGCCAUUGCCGAAAAAGAACUGGGAUUGUCUGUCAUCACAGAUGAGGCCAUCCAAGAGAUGGAAAAACAUAUUAGAAUCACGGACGAGGAAAUCGGCGAGGCCUCCAAACAGGAAGCUAUUGUCAGACACGAUGUGAUGGCCCAUGUGCACGCUUUUGGCCAGACUUGCCCGUCGGCUGCCGGAAUCAUCCAUCUCGGUGCGACUUCCUGUUUUGUCACCGACAACGCAGACUUGAUCUUUCUCAGAGAUGCGUACGAUGUGUUGAUUCCUAAGCUUGUCAACGUGAUCGACAGACUCGCCAAAUUCGCCGUUGAGUGGAAAGAUCUGCCCGUGCUUGGAUGGACCCAUUUCCAACCAGCUCAAUUAACUACUUUGGGUAAGAGAGUCACUCUGUGGAUCCAAGAGCUAUUGUGGGAUUUGAGAAACUUUGUCAGAGCCAGAAAUGACUUGGGUCUGCGCGGUGUGAAGGGCACAACAGGUACUCAGGGUUCGUUUUUGGCCUUGUUCCACGGGGAUCACGACAAAGUCGAGGCUCUCGACAAAAGAGUCACCGAGUUGCUCGGCUUCGACACUGUAUACCCAGUCACCGGUCAGACUUACUCAAGAAAGAUUGACAUCGACGUCUUGGCGCCUCUAUCGUCUUUCGCCGCCACAUCUCACAAGAUGGCCACUGAUAUUAGAUUGUUGGCCAACUUGAAGGAGAUCGAGGAGCCUUUUGAGAAAUCGCAAAUCGGGUCCUCGGCCAUGGCUUACAAGAGAAACCCAAUGCGUUGCGAACGUGUUUGUUCUUUGGCAAGACACUUGGGCUCCUUGUUCAACGAUGCAGUUCAAACUGCGUCUGUUCAAUGGUUCGAGAGAACUUUGGACGAUUCCGCCAUCAGAAGAAUUUCGCUUCCAAGUGCUUUUUUGACCGCCGAUAUCUUGUUGUCAACAUUGUUGAACAUCUCUUCUGGUCUUGUGGUCUACCCCAAGGUCAUCGAAAGAAGAAUCAAGAGCGAGCUACCAUUCAUGGCCACUGAAAACAUCAUCAUGGCCAUGGUCGGCAAGGGUGCUUCCAGACAAGAAGUUCACGAAGCGAUUCGUGUUUUGUCACACCAAGCCGCCGCCGUCGUCAAGGAACAAGGUGGCGACAACGAUCUAAUAGAACGUGUUCAAAAGGACGAGUUCUUCCAGCCUAUUUGGAAUGAACUUGAGUCUUUGCUUGACCCUUCGACUUUUGUUGGCAGGGCUCCACAACAAGUUGCCAAGUUCGUUGACGUUGACGUCAAGAACGCGUUGGCUCCGUUCCAAGACAAAAUCACCGACGAGCAGGUCAAGUUGAGUGUGUAG